AGAUCGGCUUGUGUGGGAUUUGUUGUGGACGUAGUGAGAUUAGGGCUGGUUUUCCCCAAGCACUUCAGUUUCCGCUGCCAAUUUUCAUUCCACCAUUCGCAUCAUAUUCAUUAAUAAUGAGUAAUGCUAUAUAGUCUCGAUACUGGCAACGUCAUUUAACAACUAACACGGAAAUUAUAUUUUUAUUCGUACUAUUUAUACCUGGCUCUGCGAAUAUUGGCCGUUUAUAAAGAAUUGUUUCUGAAGUAAAUAUUUGGAUUACAUCAAUAAGAUUUGUAGUAAAAGAGAAAGUGAACUCAGCUGUUUACUGUUGCCCGAUUUAACAGCAAGUGGAAUGCUUCCUUCAGACAGACGGAACCUCGAAAAGAUUUCAUUAAAACUGCUGAGCGCUUCCAGAACUUCAUUAUCAGAUGAACAGGACGAAGACCUGAACACAGCCGUGCUCAAAUUGCUACAGUGUUCUGCCAGCUCCUGCCUUCGCUACCUGUACCCACCCAUCAAACAGUGCAGAUCUGGGCACUGCUUGUGCCUUAGCUGCUCUGAACUGCCGCGUCCCAUCUGCCCGCAAUGCAGCACGCCCCUCAUCCAAGCCAGGAAUGUUGCUUUGGAAGCAAUUGCUACAAAACUUCUGGCCGCAUGCAAAUAUCGUUCCGAAGGCUGUCCUGAAGCGAUGCCACAUGGUUACAGUAUGCUGGCCCAUGAAAUGCAAUGUCACUUCCGUCUGCAUAGCUGUUUUGCCGGUAAAUGUAAAUGGACUGGUACUGUUCGUAACAUUUUGGAACACAUGGAAAGCCACCACAGGGAACGAGUGUUCCUGGGGUCUGAAAAAGUCUUCAAAAUAAAGAAAAUUAACAACCGUGAGGAUAUGGAUAUGAUGUUCUUAUUUUCAUGUGAGGAAGGCGAUUUCUGGGUCAAAUUUAUUUACAGUAAAGCAGAAACUUCAUUCUUCGGUGCUGUUCAGUACAUUGGUAAAGCAGAUAUAGCAGGUAAACAUAGGUACCGUUUUGAAAUUAAAACUUCGGGUGAUGAAUCUGAAAGCCUAUACACAUUCUCAAGGAGAACACAUGCAGACACAACAAAUUUCGAAACAAUUUUUAAUAAUCAUGAUUGUUUCUGGGCUCCAAUAAAUAUUGCCAAAUACUUUGCAGAGAAUGAUGUACUUUCGGUCAAACUGAACAUAGAUUAUAUUGGUAAUUGAAAGUGUUUGGACAUGUCAAUAAUGUGAAAAAUUUAAUAUGACCACAUACACAUACGCAUACUUUUAUGAAGCACCAAGUACGAAAAUAAUUUUAAAAUAUUUACUUCAGUUUUAAGAGAAUAUAAUUAAGCAGAUAAAAAGAGCACAGGAAUGUUGUUAAAUAACCUGUACAGAACAUACAAAGCAUUUCACUAUCAAAAUGCAAAUCACAUGUUACAUCUGACACAAUAAAUUGCAAACCUUGUCUGAAUGAAGCAUAAACUUGUAUGACAACACUGGUGGUGACAUUGCAAAGAGAUGUCGGGUGUAUGACCCGAGUUUACCAUCCACUUUGGUUCAUAGAACUGGUCUCUGAGCUUUACGUUUCUUAAUUCAUAAUUGUCUUGGAUUUUGGGCGUGUUCUAAAUUCAUACUUUAGAGUGGUAAGGAAUGUGAAUAAACUAGACAUGGGCCGAGGAUGAUUUUAUGAAAAUAUAUCCAAACAUUUUGAUUGUAUGAAAAUUAUGGUUUCUGUUUCAUACUAUUUACUUAGUGUUAAAUAAAUCAAGUCUCUUGCCGUUUU